AUUUUGUAGCUCAAAUCAUUUUCACAGGAACAUUGGAAGCGGUUCAAUAAUCCAAGUUUUCAACAUCGGAAUGAAAGCUGAAGAUGACGUUCAGCCUCUUUUUCGACACCCGAAAUCUCCUUGUGUAAUCAGUCUAAGCGAAAGCAUAGCCGCAGCACUACUGAACCUAAAACAUCAGCAUAGUCUAACAACCUGACAAGCUUGAGAUUUCGACCGAUGAUUCGGCCAGGAACAGCGUCUUGGCGCUACCGGGAGCUUCGGAUGGCAUCUGAGUCGGUGUCGUCGUAUCUUCGUAUUUUAUCACUUCUCAACUCAACGUACUUUAUUCUUAAUAUAGAGAAUUGUAAUUCUCGUUUCGCUUGUUGACAUUCCUGCACCAACGUCCAAUAAGCGGGAGGUAUGCCACCUCGUCGAUCACAUCGGAAAUCUCAUAAUGGAUGUUUGCAAUGUAAGAGGAGACAUGUGAAGCUAUUAGUUUUCAAUUACUUACAUCCUUGAACUCCUCAAUACAAGUAUAAAUACCAUCUAACACCACCACAGUGCGACGAACAACGCCCGACAUGCUCGCCCUGCACGAAACGCGAGUUGGCAUGCCAUUUCCAACCCAACACCCGCUUCGAAAACGGGCAAUCACUCUCAGACGGUCCCAAUGAUCUCCUUCUCCUCCGAGAGCGAUCACACGGGCCCCUCCCAGCCCGAACUCUCGAGCUCAAACUUCUCCACCACUUCGUCACCUCCGCCUACACGACCUUCUUUCCCCGAGAAUCAGACGUUCACUGCUGGCAAGUUCACGUGCCCGACAUGGCAAUCGAGCACAUUUUCCUGCUCGAUGGACUCCUCGCCAUCUCGGCCCUUCAUCUCGCGCACCUUGAGACAGGCGCGAAGAAAUCGUGGUUGCAAACUGCGCUGCGGUAUCAAGAUCUAACGCACGCUGGGCUGAAUAAAGCACUCUGUCGAAUCAGCUCUGACAACUGUGAAGCGGUAGCAGUAUGCUCCAUUUUCGUGCUAUUGCUGUCUAUCGCUAUCCCAGGCGUGUGUAAUGAUCCCGAUGAAGAGGCGGCGAGGAAUCCACUGGCUGAUUUACUAGGAUUGAGGAAGUUGUUGGAGGGGAUGGAGGCGGUAAUUAGUCAGUCGGAGGUGGUGUUGAGGAAUGGGGCGUUGAAAGAUUUCUUUCUGCCCAUGUUGGACCCUGGGUCUGUGAAGCCGAGGCCGGUUGUGCCUGGUGUCGAAGAAGUUGCUUUACUUAACGGCCAGAAAAUCUGCCCACACAUCCUCAUCUCCCUCACUCGCCUCGAGACUCUCAUCACCUCAGGUCCCUCCAAACAACAAACCGAGCUCCUCGAAGCGUGCAACUCCCUUUCAGAAAUCAUCUCACCUCUCUCCACUCUCUCUCACGGCCCAGCCAUCACCUGGCCACACAAAAUCAGUCCAUCGAUCUUUUCGCUUCUAGAACUUAGUGAUCCGCUCGCUUGCCUUUUAUUCCUGCAUUACGGCGUUGUGUUGGAUAUCUUUUCGUAUUGGUGGUUUACAAAGGAUGCAGGAAGGAGUUUGGUGAAGGCGUUGUUGGUUUACACGAAGGAGGUGGACGAGGACUGGAGGGAGUGGGUGACUUGGGCGAAGAGGACGGUUGGUGCUGUUGCUUGAGCGGUAGAAUGAACUACAAUUGGAGUAUUAGUCUGUUAAUUUUUGAGGGUUGAGAUCUGCUAAGAUUCUAUGGGCUCCAGCGUUGCAGAUUUGGACAGAGAGUUUUGUAUUUAACAUCGCAUGGACGGCGUACAUGGUUACAUUGGAUACGAUUGGAAGGGUGGGUAGACAAAUGAGAAAGAAAGUACUUAAAAGCCGGCGAUCGUUUCUGGCAUCGUGCAACAACAGACGAUCACCAACAUAGUAAAAUUAGCAAUGCGCAACUUUGCCCCGA